GUGAGAACUGAAACUUCCGGGUAAAUAGACGGAGCGGUCGGUGGACUGGAACAUUGGAAGAGUUCAUAGACUAGACCUGCAGGCAUCAUUGACAGAAUCGUCACUUGAAUACUUCAGGCAGGAUUUUGGGCAAUAAAAAGUUAACAGGUCCAAGGAACCCAUUAAGUCAUAAUUAGGUUGUCCCAGGUCUGUGUCUGCCCCCUCUGGCCCGAUGUAGCCACCACCCAAGUGCGUUGUUGUGAGUGAGGCAGCGGCCAAAAACAGAGGACGCACCCAUGUUUUAUGUGCCGUCGUCUACGUCUCCUAGCCCAGUCAUGGAGACAGCCAAACUGGUGCAGAAAAAACUGGGACAGGAGGAAGUGUGCCUCCAGUGCGUGGAGUGUUCUCGUAUCGUGGAGGGAAAGCGGCUUGUUCGCUUUGCAGCCGUGGUGGAGAGAAAGGAGGAAUAUGGAAUCUUCAUCUUCAUGUCCAGCAGGAUCCCAUGUUUGCAGUCGAGUGAUCUGGAGCUGGAGACAGCCAUUGCUGUAGACUCAAGUCUGCGCUGCCAUGCAGAGGCUCCUACCAGGCAGGACAAGCCACAUCCAGAGUUUGUUCUGCGGCUGCAGUCAGCAGACGUGAACUUGGUCUUGGAGAUGCCUCAGGUGGAGAACACGCAGAUGUUUUUGGCGGAAGUCAAGCGAGCACAGGAUUUCGCCUCUUGGACACCUGUGCAGUCCAUGAACGCUGCCUUUGGAGCCCUGGCGUCUUUCACUUGGCUGGCCAAGUAUCGACUCUCUCGGCAAAAGCAGCAGCAACAACAACAACAGCAACAGGCUCCGCCGGCAAGCGAGAAUCCGUUUGCUGCGGACACGUUUGACCCUAUGAAACACAUGAACUUGUCUGACACCGGGGCUCAUGUCUUGGCUACAGAUGUUGCGUCCAGUAGCCAAAGUACUUGGUACCAGGAUGAUAUGGCGGCUCUUUCCUUGUCUGACACCACGGCCCAGAAAUCAUCCACCCUGGGUUCUAAGAACAGAAGUCAAAGUCGGGACUCCUUGGACAAAAUAGUCAACUCGUCCAGGUCUGAAGACUUGACCGACUCUAUGGAGGCCAUCCAGGGCCAGUUGGGCAUCUCGUCGGGUGCAGAGUUGCCCGUGGGUACCAAGCCCGUGUCCAGCAGAGAGAAGUUUGUCCGACAGUUCCUCUGUAACCGCGAGGACGAGUUCACUGACCUCAGAAACUUCAGGGUGUUCUGUGGUACCUGGAACGUCAACGGUCAGUCCCCGGCCGAAGCUUUACACAAGUGGAUGGUGGUGGACAACGAACCUCCCGACAUAUACGCCAUUGGUUUCCAGGAACUGGAUCUACGAAAAGAAGCUUUCAUCUUCAGUGAUUCCCCCAAAGAAACAGAGUGGCAGACGGCUGUGAAAAGUUAUCUACACCCAAAAGCCAAGUACAGGAAGGUGAAGUCAAUCCGUCUGGUGGGUGUCCUGCUCAUUGUGUACAUCCAAGAGAAACAUGUGCCUCACAUCAACUUCAUCGACGCCGACAGCGUUCCCACGGGAAUCAUGGGAUUUGUGGGUAACAAGGGCGGUGUGUCGGUGCGGUUCACUCUCCACUCCACCUCCCUGUGUUUUGUCAACUCCCAUCUCGCUGCUCACCAGGAGGAGUACGAGCGCAGGAACCAGGAUUACAGAGACAUCGAGACGAAGACCAAAUUCAAGCAGUUCGAGCCCCCACUAGAACUUUCUGAACAUGAUGUGGUCUUCUGGAUUGGAGACCUCAACUACAGGAUAGACAUGUGUAUAGACGACGUUAAGUCCCGCAUCCAAAAGCAAAAGUAUAAGCAGUUGUUGGAAGGAGAUCAGCUGUACCGACAAAUGAAGGCAAACAGUGAUGUGUUUAAAGGUUACGAAGAAGGUUUGCCUCUCUUUGACCCCACAUAUAAAUUUGACGCUGGCUCCGAUGUUUAUGACACUAGUGAGAAGAGCCGAGUGCCAGCCUGGUGUGACCGCAUCCUGUGGCGAGGGCCUGGUGUGCAACAGCUGCGCUACGACUCACAUCCUCAGCUCAAGGUGUCGGACCACAAGCCUGUCAGUUCCUUGUUUAAUGUUGGGGUGCGUGUGAUCGACCAGAAGCGCUACAAGAGAGUUUACGAGGACAUCAUGAAAAAACUAGACAGACUGGAGAACGACUACCUGCCACAGAUCAAGCUGGACAAGACGGAGCUGGUGUUUGAGAAUGUGAAGUUCAUCGAGCCUCAGACUCAGGUUGUGACCAUCGCCAACAUUGGACAGGUGCCAGUUGAGUUUGAAUUCAUCAACAAACUGGACGACCAGUCGUACUGCCGCCCCUGGCUCAAAGCCACGCCCCACAAAUCUAUCAUCCUUGCAGGCGCGUGCUGUGAGGUCCAGGUGGAGGUGUAUGUGGAGAAGAACUCUGCGGCGCGACUCAACUGUGGGGAGGAGAACCUGGAGGACAUCUUGGUGCUGCACCUCACGGGGGGAAAGGACUCUUUUAUUACUGUGAGCGGCAACUAUCUCAUCAGCUCGUUUGGCUCCUCCAUCGAGGCCCUGGUACAGAUGCACGGACCCAUCCGAGAAGUGCCGGUGGCCUCUCUCAUCGAAAUAGAACAGCCGGGCAGUCUUAGCCGGGUGGACAUCACACAGGAUGGAGGCAGACUCUAUAUGGUGCCAAAGGAAAUCUGGAAACUUGUGGAUUUCCUACACAAGUAUGGUUUGGACAAGAAGGAUCUGUUCCAGCAGCCAGGAAGGACCUCUGAGAUCCAGCUUAUCAGAGACUGCUUGGACACUGGCCUUCCGGAACAAAUUUCGGAGACGAUGAGCGUCCACUCGGUGGCCGAGUCCUUCCUGCUGUUCCUGGAGUGUCUGGCUCAGCCUGUGCUGCCCUGUGAGGUGUACAGUCAGGCCCUGGCCUCUUCCAACAACCUGCUGCUCAGUAAACAGUUGGUAUCAAGACUGCCCGACUGCCACAAGAAUGUGUUCCUCUACGUGUGUGCCUUCCUGAGGGAACUGUUGCAGAAUGGUGAGCAGAAUGGCCUGGACAUCAAGUUCCUCUCUACUAUAUUUGGUGAGAUCCUGCUUCGGCCAGCCCCGUCCACAAGCUUAGCCAGAAGUAGCGAGGCCUCUCUGAAGGAACGCAAGUCCAAGAUACGAGAAGAAGAGGCCAAGAAAGCAGCGUUCAUGUACCAUUUCUUGAGCCAAGAUAUUGAUGCCUAGUUUUACUGGUUGUGCAAUUAUCAUUUUGUACAUGUCACAUCAUCCUGAUGGUCCAGUGUAAGAUUCCAUCAUAAGCCACUUUUUGCGAAAAUCACUUUUUUACAUUUGAUAGAUUCCUGGAUUGCCGGACAAAUUGUGUCAAAAGACGAGCUCUCUAAGAUUACUAGUUUUGAAGUUGCUAUGCUACAAAGGCUUGAAUUUCAUGAACUGGAUAAUAAAUCAAUGAAUCAGUCUUUUGUUUCUUGUGAACAAUUUUCAAAAUGGCUUAUGGUGAAGUCUUACACAAAGCCAGCCGAUCCGUGUUCUAGAAAUUUGAUAUUUUCGUGAGUGUGUGAAAUAUGUGAUAGAUGAUAGGAGAUGAUGCUCCCCAUGGUAUGCAGCUUUUGUUCUCGAGAAAAGUUUUUUUCAGAGUCUUAGUUGCUGAAGGGAGUGCAUUAUUAUUUAUUAGAAAAUUAACUCUAAUUAGACUAGUCUAAUGUGUUGUUAUAUAAAGAUAAAUGUUUUGAACUGAGGGUGGCUGUAUGAUGCUAUGUUUUGCACCCAAGAUCAUGUUUUUGCUCUUUUGUUUUUAUGAAGACUCACAGAAAAUCUUGAAGGAAAACCACAGCAUACUCUACACAGCAUUGUGUUUAUUACAAAGUUCAAGCAUUUUUUGUGUGAAGGACUUUUGUUUGAGGUUUUAGAUUCUCAUAAGUUGGGGUGAAAGUGUACAAUCAUUUUGGAGAAUGUUUAUUGAGAGCCUAGAAAUAAAAUAUAUUUCAUGUAGUGUAGAAGAAUUUCAUUUCAUUGUGUGAAAAUUGUGUGAAAAUUUGCCGCUGUUUUUGCCAGAGGCAUGAUUUGUUUUCUUCCAUACAUGUAGUACGACUUGUAAGCACUAUGCAGUUACAGUUCUCAGUGCAGAAGGCUUGCAAAGAUGUUUUCACUCCAGUGAAAGUUGUAACAGCCAUGUCUGUUAUCGUGACGUGUUUCCCAACGAAAAAAAAAAGAAGAAAAA